AUGCAAUUCCGACAUAACUUUCUCAAAUGGACCCAAAUUCACCUUCACAAUCUUCAAGAUACAUCCUUUCUACCCAACGAAUCCGACCUCUGCAGCUCAAAUAUCCCGAAGUUGUUGUAUACUGUUAUUCUCAAGCGCAAGUUGACGCAUACUUUCAAGCAUGGUCGAAUGCCCCGCUUGCAAGGGAGAGGGAAUGCCCAUCGCACCAACCUGGAAUCCAAGCAACAGGUCGAUGAGACCAUGAUGCAGACGACUUUUGCGACGGAUUUUGGUUGUCGCGGGAAACUGUCUGAUAUCGGCUGGCUCAUUGCAUAUCAGUGGCUUCUGUGGGUCCGCCAAGAAUUCAAUUACGUUACAGUGGAUCCUCUAGUCGAUCGCCUACACAGUCUCAACGGUCGUGCUCCAACUUCUGCAAGUAGUGUUGUCAACAUUGUCAGACGUAACCACACAACACUCGAGCUACACUAUGCAUCAUCCAGUUCCUCCGACUUCUCACCAUGUCUCCAUGAUGGACAUCUUCUUUCCAGGAUUUACCGGUGCCACCGCAGCGCUCCACCAGCUUCUAGACGGGAAUCUGGAUAG